AUGGCUCAGAUGUCAGCCACAGAGACUCUGAGGAACUCACAAGAUGAAAAGGCUAAGCGUGAAGUUUCUUCUUGGACCCUGGAAGGUGACAUUAACACAAACCCCUGGUCUGGCUAUCGAUACACUGGUAAACUCAGGCCGCACUAUCCACUGACGCCAACAAGACCUGUGCCAAGUUAUAUUCAGAGACCAGAUUAUGCUGAUCAUCCACUAGGAAUGUCUGAAUCAGAACAGGCUUUAAAAGGAACCUCUCAAAUAAAAAUACUCUCAUCUGAAGAUAUAGAAGGCAUGAGAGUAGUGUGUAGGCUUGCUAGAGAAGUAUUGGAUGUUGCUGCCAUGAUGGUCAAAGCAGGUGUAACUACUGAAGAAAUUGAUCACGCUGUCCAUUUAGCUUGUAUCGCAAGGAAUUGCUAUCCUUCCCCUCUGAAUUAUUAUAAUUUCCCUAAGUCGUGUUGUACAUCAGUGAAUGAAGUGAUCUGUCAUGGAAUUCCUGACAGGAGGCCAUUGCAGGAGGGAGAUAUUGUUAAUGUGGAUAUUACCGUCUAUCGUAAUGGCUACCAUGGAGAUCUGAACGAGACAUUUUAUGUUGGAGAAGUUGACGAGGGUGCAAGGAGGCUUGUCCAAACAACUUACGAGUGCCUAAUGCAAGCCAUCGAUGCAGUAAAACCUGGUGUUCGGUACAGAGAACUGGGAAACAUUAUUCAGAAACAUGCUCAAGCAAAUGGAUUUUCAGUGGUUCGGAGCUACUGUGGGCAUGGAAUCCAUAAACUUUUCCACACAGCCCCUAAUGUGCCACAUUAUGCCAAAAAUAAGGCAGUUGGAGUUAUGAAGCCUGGUCAUGUAUUUACAAUUGAACCAAUGAUCUGUGAAGGUGGUUGGCAAGAUGAAACGUGGCCUGAUGGUUGGACUGCAGUUACAAGAGAUGGAAAGAGAUCUGCCCAGUUUGAACACACGCUUCUGGUCACCGAUACAGGCUGUGAGAUCUUGACCCGGCGGCUGGAUAGCACUCGUCCCCAUUUCAUGUCCCAGUGAUAGCCCAGACUGAGCAGGUGGAUCUGAAUGAUACAUAUGUUUGGGUUGGUUUUUUUUUUUUUCCCUCUGUACUAUGCAGUUUUUUAAAAGUACAGAAUAGAGAGAGUUCAUCAUUUACUUUGUUCUCAGUGAUUGUAGAUAAGAGGAGUAUCUUGAAGAACCUGAACCAAUGUCUGGAAAAGCAGAGAAGAAUUUAAAGAAUUUCCUGCUUUCCUCCUCCUAGCACUCAUGCUAUAUUUUUCUUUUUUCCUCAGUUAUCUCUUUAGCACCUUUCUUCCAAUUAGCCCCACAAUUGCUUCUGUUGCUGCCAUAAUAUUAGCUAGAUAAGUGGGGGUAAUCUUUCCCCACUGGGACUUUGAUAUAUUGGGAUUCCAGGUUUUUUUUUUUUCACCACUUCAGUGUGCCCUGUCACUCUUGGUAUGUGGGUGGCACCUGAGAUUUUAAGCAUUUCUAGUUCCAAAGACUUGCUCCUGCUUCUGCAGAUACUGUUCUAAUGGGCUGGGCCUUGUUUGUUUUAUGGGUUGAGAAGGGGGCAGAAGGGAGAAAGACACGCGCGGCGCCGAGAAGAGGCUGCCCUUACCUUUAAUUCUGUCCCCAUCUCUCUGCUGGUGGCUUCUGUGGUGAUUGCGACUGUAGGUGACACACUGUGUAAAUGGCAGGACUUGUUUCUCUCCCUGGAGAAUUGAUAGUUUGGGCUUCCUAACAGGGAAAAUGAAUAAAUUCUGACUUAAUAUGCAGCUCCCUGGAAUAAGCUGCUUCUGGGUGAAGCGGUUAUUUGCAAGGCAGUCUCCUGCUCCAAAAGCUGGGUGAAGCUUUGCCUGGGUAAAGGAAUGAAACGAGAACCAAAAAGAUCCCGUGCUUCAUGGGAUCCCUGCGUCUGUUAACGGGGGGCGUUUUCUAAGGGUACAUCCACAGUAGCUGUGGGGGGAUUGGAUUUGCAAGGCUUACAGUGAAAUGAGUGUAUAUCUCAAAACAAGUCUGAGUGUGAGAAAAUGAAACACCUUCAAUGCUGUGUUCAUUUUCUUUCGGAAAUUUUUAAACGGGUCAUUUUCUCCCCCCCUCCCCAAGUUAAGUGUUUCACGCUUUUGGAAAGUUUUAGGGGGGCAGCUAUGAAAACUGAUGGUUUUUCCUCAGAUUGGGUAUAGGGUGGGCAAUGUUAGUAUCUAUACCCCUUCAUUUCUGUUAAUGGGUCACAACGAGCUGGAAACUGUCACGUUCAGGAGUGAGGAUUGGUUAAGCUCUCUUCUCUCUACCCUUUCUUUUCCGUGCCCACUUCCUUUCCAUUAUCUUUGGUGUCUCCGCUGAGGGAAUUUAAUUUUUUUUCUUCUGAAUUGUAACGAAAAUAGUUUCAGACCCCAUUGCAGACUUAAGUCUUACACCACUGUAAUGCAAGAAAUAGCUAAACGAAUACAGACAUAAAAUCAUACAAUCAUGGGUAUAAAAUACACCUUUUCCAAGGUGCCUGGUGAAUUUGUUGCCACACUAGACCCAAGCGCGUGAGGUGCUGCGUACCCUCGGCUCCCCUUGGCACUGCAGAAUUUAGGUGGGGGAAAGGGGUCAGCACUUCAUAGAACUGGACUCGUGUGUAGUACCAAAUACCAAAUUUGCCAGAAAAGUCUUCUCUGCCCUGAGUGCCUCAGACCUCUGUUGCUGUAAGAGUAUCAUUGCGAUGUUUUCAUUACCUUUAUUGUUAAUUUUAAUUAUGCAGUAAAGUGACCUGAGAUGAUGCAUAUAGAGGGUGCGUGCGUGCGAGCGAGCAGAUGCUUGUGUGUGUGUGUGUAUAGAUUUUAACAAACCAGACUGUAGUACUUGAGUGGAGUUACCUGUGGUGAGUGAGAUGUAACGUAUUGAGGAGAUGACUGUCCUGGAGGUUUGCCCACCAUAUCAUUCACUUGAAUGGUUACAACAGUCUUGCCUUUUCUAUAUAUGUGUGUAUGAUGGGGGGUGGGUGGGGGGAGCUUCAUUUUUGGUCUUAUAAAAUAAAAGUUGCGGCUGCUUUUAACAGAAAUAACAUUUAUUUUUGUGAUCCAAAACCAGACGUAGCAUUCUCAAUUAUAUCCAGGUUUGUUUGCACUAGUGCAAGCCCUACUGGUUGAUGCAUGCAACCAGUUAAAAUCACCCUUAAACCUGCACAUGUGCCACUUGAAUACCUCUUUGUCAUUGCACUAAUACAACCAAAUUUAACACUGCAUGUUUUUAAUAUAGGUAAUGUAUGAUACUAUGCAUUUCUGCCUAUAAAUUGAAAUCACAGCAUGAAAACUGCUUAUACUGAAUUCAUACUACUACAGUACUUUUAAACAAGUGGAAAGCUUAGUCAGCAUCUACACUCUUCUUUCAACAUGAGAUAGCACAUCAGCCUGAAAAGCAGAACUUAAUUAAGAAAAAUACUGUGGAAGGCUAUUUUUUCACCUAUCUAGCUCUAACUUUGCUUCAACAUGACAUACUAGACUUGUGCUGACUGGAUUUUGGAUAUAAUCUAGUUUUGAUUCUUAGAGAAGUUGCUGUCCACUUAAAAAAUAAUGAAAAAAAAAAAAAACAAAACCAAAAACCCCCACCAACUUAAGUCUACUUUCUAGCAAAAUUUUUAGAAAUUGUAUACAUGUUUGCCAAAAACACAACCCUGCAAUUAGUUGUGAAACAAUCUCUUAAAGUAUUUUCUCUUUACUAUCACAUAAGAGAGUGUGGAAACUCUUCAUGCUGUUUCUGCAAAUUUACAUGAAUAUUUAAGCAGAGAAGAUUUGAUAGCUAAUGUUGAAUAAGGGCUGACAGCAUGAGGAGAGGGGACAAGCUGCAUCUUUUACAUGACAGCCAGCAGAGUACACACACAUUUUACCUGCAGUCAUUUGGUGGAAACUUUUUAUCUACUGAAGUCCUUAGAGUUGCGAAAAUAGUACCGUUCAAUACAGUACCUUGAUCACCGAGAAUGGGGUCCAGGCUCUUGUGUUCAUGAGUCCUUUUAUUAGCUGAGCAGCUUCAAAGACAUUACUUCAAACAUGCUUCAUUCAAUCCACUGCUUUGCAGGACAAAAUAGCCUGAAAACUCUGCUAAGUAAUAGCAGGACAGCAAUUCUUCAGGCUGGGGAGAAGCUGCAGGUCUUUGACCUGAGUGCUCUGGUAUCACUAAAUAUCUUUAUUGUUGAGUUACCCUGGUAUUACAAGACUACCUUUCCACACACACUCUAAGAUGCAGAUUCUUUAAAGUAAUAAUGUAAUGCAGACAACAUAAUUGUACCGUCUUGAUGUAGUCUGUGCAGCCUAGAGGAACAACUGUUAUACUAUAAAUAUUUAAAAUCUGUUACGUCCAGCUGGGGGGUAGUUUUGCUAAGAUGUUGAGCUAAGAUUCUAUUGAAACCAUCUUGUAGUUACAGAAUGCUCUUGCUGGAACAGCUUGACAGCAAGUUUUCUACUGAAUUCUCUAAUGUUCAGCCAGCACUUCUGGAGCUACAAGGUACUUCACUACUUUGUUGGAGGGCUCUUUUUCCUGGUACAAAUUAACUUUAUAUUUCUUCUGGAUGCUCACAAUUGAAUUCUCAUGACAUUCACAGGAUUUAACUUUGUUGUUUACUCUGUCUGCAAUGCAGUUAGAAAUGCAGCUACCUCAGCUAUUUUCAGAAUGCUCUAGGGAUAUCUUUCCAAUGACAAAUGGACAAGAUGUAAUUGUCUCAGUUGUACAGCAGUGUCUUGGGGUAAGGCAGUUGUUAGUGGUGAGAGGAAAUUUCUUUUAAUAAAAUUACUGUUUGCAUUCA